AUGCAAGCAGCUGUGCGUUCGAUUCGGAUCGUCCGUGUUUCGCUCCAAGCAAUCUCUGCGUCGACGUCGGACUCCAGCUUGGGCACGAGGAACGGAUCAGUGGGCGCCCCCGACCGUCAGCAGCAACGUUCGCCCGUAGCUGCGCAAGCAGUCAAACGUCGUCGAUAUGCACGUCGCUCUUGCCUCACAUGCCGUUCCAAAAAGACACGCUGCGAGCUGCCGGACGAAGCCGUCGCAUCUUCUCACGAUCCACUGCCCGCAUACAAGGCGUGCCAUCGAUGUCGGGCGCUCGACAUUCCUUGCGUCGUCUGGGACGGCGAUCGCAAGCGCAAACCUCGCUUCGACUCCAUCAACUCGUCUUCCAAUCCCUCGCGCAAUUACUUGCCCAGCCUAUCUCAGCGGGCGGCUCCUGCUCCCGUCCACUCGCGCGGAGUGUACGCCGCACAUCCCGCUUAUGCCGUCGACACUGUUCCUCCAGACACCACAACUUCACACUCUAGCCAACACACCGCGUUCCAGCAUGACGUCGAUGAGAAAUCGCACCUCGCCCACGACUGGCGCUCAGCAUCUACCUCCAGCGACAGUCCUCGACGCAACGACUUGUACGAGAGGCCAAGGUAUCCGCCUGAAGCAGGUUCACGCAACCGACCACCCUAUUCUGCCCAGUCUGCGCCCAAGACAGCGGCCGCUUCAGCCGUCGAACCGAGCCCUAGACGCAUCGGGACUCGCAUUGACAACGCCACCACCACAUCCACCACCGCUGACGGUCACUACGACGCCGCCCUCUACCUCGAUCCAAGAUCCUCGGACGGCGUACAAACAAAAGUGUUAGGUUCCGAGAUUCACAUCCUCAACAGCCGCUUCAUGCACUCGCCGCUUGUCACACUCAAUCGCUUCAUCACCAAGAUCCCUUCCUUCUCGCUUCUCUUGCGACCCGAAAUGGAUCGAUCUUUCGAUGGUCCACUGUCAAGCCUACUCACCCACGAAAACAUGCGUGAACUCAACUCUCAUCUCCCUCGACUGCGCAUGUGGCAUCCACACAUCUCGGACCUCGAAUCGCUCCGAACAGCAUUUCACGAUCGACCGAAACCGUCCACCUCGCUGUUGCUCGCCACCGUCUGCCUCGUCGCCGCCAAGAUUGCAGGCAAUCGUCAGCUCGCAAAAAAUUUUGCUGUUCACGUCGACCGCGUCGGCCUCCAGGUGCUCAUCUCUUCGCCCAAAGAGUUUCACGCCGCCCAGGCAUUUGAGCUCUUGCUCGCGCACGGUCCGUCGCUCAUCGGCGCUAGCGUCGAUCCUUCCGGUGCGGAAUCCAACAACUCGGCCGUCUUUGGUGAGUCGCUACACUCUAGUGCUACCGCCACAGCCGAAGCCAUCGGGCUUGAUCUCGUCAUGUCGCAGGCCUUGCAAGACGGUCUCGGUGCGGCCAACCAAGAUCACAGUCCCGAGCUCAUGGACAAAAUCCGCGGCCUCUUGAGUCGCUUCUCGCUAUGGUGCAGCCUCUCCAUCUGGCGUGCCAAGUUCGUGCUCCUCAACUCGUUCGUACGUCCCUGCGACUUUUCGCGCCUCCGUCGCGACGCAGAAUUCGCCAUCUCAUUGGUCGACAAGCUCGCUCAACGAGACCACAACCAAACAAAACCGUCCAAAGAUGAGAUUCUCUUUCGUGCUGGCGUGCUUGCCUUGGCCUAUCGUGCCAUCCAGGUCGCCGACUUCCACGUGCGCCUCUCGCAAUUGGACACACUCUGGAACAGUCGACCGCUCUUCACCGAUGCUGAGGUGCGUCGCGAGAUCACCAGCCGCGUCGACCAGCACCUUGAGUUCCUCGCGGACUUCAAAAGAACCAAACGCCACCGUCUCUGGACCAUGGCCAACCUGGCUGAGCUCAAAUUUCUGGAUCGCUGGGUCGACCUCGAAUUUCAAUCAGAUUGGGUCUUUCUCUUCCAGCUCUACAUGCGCAUGGGGCUGCCCGUCAAUCAGGGCAUUGCAACUGUUCUAGAGUUGUCGGACUCGAUCGGCCGAGAUGCCAACCUGUAUCAUUUUCUCUUCGGAACUGGUCAACGCAGCUAUCUCGACGACGAAGCGGUCCUCGCCGGCUUUGCAGGUGCCCUACGCUUCGAAGGUGAAACUUUAGAACAGACCGGUCUGCCGCUCCUCUUGACCUGCGGGUACAUUCUUCACAUCUGCAUCUGCAUCAUGGAAGGCGUCAGCUUCGUACAGUACAGCCUGCACGAUACUGCCAUGCGCGAGGAUGUAUUUGCGCUCGUGCUGUCCAGGCUCGCAGAGCGACUCUGUUCGUCCAUGCAUCCCGAAGUCGAGAGCUUGGAGAAGCUGGUUUCGAGCAUGCUCGUGCAGAUGGCGCGGCGACUCGAAGAGUUGGAGUACUAUAAGAUCACUCGAAACCCGUUGAUGCCGAAUACAUCGUCCAUGACAUCGUCCAGGAACAGUGGCGCUGGUGUACCGAGCGAUGCGAGACGACCGAAGGACCCAUCGUCGGGUCCGAUAAGCAACCCAACAAGGCAGGAACACCAGGCACAUCUAUCUCAAUCGGGUCCCGCCCAUGAAGCAGCCGAACCAUCGGGAGCCUCUCAAACUGCGCCGGACUCCGGUCAAGUCAGAUCGUUGAGGCAAGGAACGGCGCUGCUGAUGAACGCUCUGCCCAGCCAGAUUGCCGCCGACGUGCCCAUUACGCUGUCCGGUGGCAACGACGCCGAUAAUGUCGCUGCAGCCUCGUUCGGCACCAAUCGAGAUGCACUGUUGCCCACCUCUGAUACCUGGUCAUCCGAUAACAUGGCGCGCAUCAUGGACCAAAUCUUGUCAUGGGAUAUCAUGCCAGACAUGGCCUUUGCUAACAACGGCAAUCCAGCAUGUUGA